AUGGACCUUCCAUCAAUGAGCUAUGGCGCCAGCGAAAGAAAGAGGAAGUCUGAAUCAGACGAUGAACUUGUCAUAACCAACAAAAGACUGUUCAAGAAAAGAAAGAAGAACAGACCACCCGAAGUAGAUCCAUCAGAGCUCUACAAUCUGGUAGGAGAGUCGUCACUGGAGAUGCCAGAUCCCGAGGAUUUUGGAGUAAACGGUUUGGAUCCGAUUCGAUUCGCUUGGGCACCUAUAGCAGACAUUGCAGCAAUGCAAACCUCUCGCCAAAAUGAAACCCCCAAAGUUCCCAGAAAAGCUGCUCCUCCAUCCAUACCUGACCCAUCUGAUGCGGAUUGGAAUUCGAGCGACAGAAUGUCCUCUAGCAGGCCUCAAAAGAGACCUCCGAAGUCAAGCUACUUCGUCCUUCCGGGAGAUGAUGACAUUCAACUCGAGAACGAUACCCGUGUAACACCAGUCGUUCAAGAAGAAGAAGAAGGUAUCCAAAUUUUUCCGAUUCCUCUCGAGAUACGGGAAGAGAUUUACCGAUAUCUUUUGCGGUCCAAUAUGCCAAUCGCAGUUUUUGAUGGCUGGAAAAGGGUCUACAAGCAUGGGAACACUCGGCAAACAGGUCCGGCUUUCACCGACAGGCCAGCGCUAGAAAUCAGCGUUCUAAGGUUGAACAAGUCGUUUUACCCAGAGGCGGCACGAAUCCUAUACAGUGAAAACACAUUUCUCUAUCGCCUUCGUGAUCCCCCAGCCAUUUGCCCACCCCCCAUCAACCUCGACGCACUGGUAGCUUUUGAUUCUGCUUCUUCUUCUACUACUGGCAGCCUGGAGGGUGACGAUCCCAAUGAUGGGGAUUACCAGGAGCAUAACCCCCAAAGCAGCACACGGCGAGCAAGAUCAAGGAGAAAGAAAAAGGAGCUCGAUGAGCCACGCAUCAAUGUUGGCAAAUUCCACCAUCUCUUUCGACAUGUUAUCAUCGAGGCUGAACACAACCGAUGUGGUAACGAUACAUUAAGGAACAUGAGGGAGGCCCUCGAGAUCUUAAUCAACCCUCCUCCUGUCGACAAGGAUUCAGUCCCCUUAUAUCCAAGCAUCACAGUUUCUAAACCCUCGAAAAAGAAACGGAAUAGUGGUCGAGGAGCGAAGCAUGGGGUUGAACGAGAAGAAUCUUGCACUCCCGUGAUUAUCACGCCUAACAUCAUGACUCUAGUAAUCAAAAUUCGGCCCAGUCUACUCCAGAACAAUGUUUUCACAUUCGUGAAUUUUUUUGACAAGAACUCUCCUAUCCUCGAAGCCAUCCGAAACUUGCAGCCUCAGCAGCUAUAUGUAAAAGUGAUGAUGGGCCAAUUCACCAACCGAAGAAACGGUGUGAAUAUUUCCAUUAACUUUCGCCAUCGAAGAAUCGACUAUCUAGCAACCUCUGGAGAGCCGGAUAUGUGGGCUCGAGACAGAGAAAUGAUCAUACGGCGCAAACGCAAAGCCGUGGAGAGCCUCAAGAAACUUUAUGAUUUAGGCAGUGAGGUGCGAAAGUCCUGCAAUCGGUAUCUAAUUCAACAUUCAGACAUCGUCGAAGUGGAUGACGAGUUCGAUUUUGAGUGGGAUGAGAUAGAGGAUGAUGAAUUCGAAUAUGGGUUCGGUGAAGAAUUCGACGACGUGCCUCAAGCUGAAGAGAUUCAAGAAGAAGUGCCGCCCGAAGUUCAGGAUGAAGCAAUCCCAGUGCCUGGAAGUGGUUGGAUUGACGAGGUUGAGACUCAGGGUGAAGCAGUUCCAGAGACUCAAGCUCAUGAAGAAGUGCCACUUGAAGUUCAGGACGAAUCAGCCCCAAUGCCUGGAAGUGGCUGGAAUGAAGAGGCUGAGACUCAGGGUGAAGUAGUUCCGGAGAUUCAUUUUGAAGAGGCACUAGAAGAAUUACAGCCUGGAGUUCAGGAUGAGCCAGUGUCAGUGCCCGGAAGUGGUUGGAUUGAAGAGGUUGCGACUCAGAGUGAAGUAACUUCAGAGACUCAAGCUGAAGAGGCUUAUGAAGAAUUACAGCUUGAAGGUCAAGAUGAACCGGCGCCAGUUCCCGGAAGUGGUUGGAUUGAAGAAAUUGAGGCCCAAGGCGGAGUGUUUACAGAAACUCAAUCUGAAGAGUCCGAGGAAGAAUAA